GAAAAGAAAAAUCCUAGGGGCGUCUUCAUCGUCGAGCUCUCGGCCCGAUCAUAAUGUGAGAAUAGCCAACUCCACCGGCCAACUCCACCGAUCGGAACUCCAUACCCUCCACUAAAAUCCUGCACCGUAUUCCUCCUCCUCCAUUGAAACAAAAACGACGAAUCCCUAGCACCGGGAGGCCCUCUGUAUCCGUGGAAAGUGCUCUGCCGACACCGACAAUCCCGCGCGAAAGAAAAGAGUCCCUCCUUCUGCGUCGCCCCCUCGUGUUCUGGAAUGGGUAUCCCGCACCGAAAUCCACAAUUUUGAAAUACUGUUAUGCGUCGGGAACAAACUAGAUCCUGUUCCGGGCCAUCCCGUUCACCAAGAAUACAGAAGGAUGUUGUUGCGGCAGCGACUAAAGAUCGAGCUUGAGCAGUCUGCCUCUGAUGAGUUCGGAAUCACUGAAAGCGAAGGUGCCAAUUUGUCAAUGAAUAAUGAAGACGCAGGAGAAGUGGUAGAAGAAGAUCAGUCGUUUCAAAUCAGGAGGUCAUGUUUUGAGUGGUGCACUGAUCGGAAUAUUGAGUACAUUGAAGCUUGUGCUUCCAAUCCCGAAUUUGAAAAUUAUGAUCUGGAACGAAGCUUUGGUGCACUUUCUGCUCAUAUCUGGACUGGAAUGGUUUUGAAAUCUUGAAAUAAGAUGGCUGAACAA